AUGGACAUGGCUCAGUUUCUCCAAGCCUUCCGAGAGGAACGACAAACCAACACUGCAGCCCUCCAGAUGAUUGCUCAGGCUGUCAACCGCCAGCCGGCGGGGAACGGCAAUGGACACGACUGGGUCCGCACCAUCGAGGAUCUGUUGGAACUAGUCGGCUGCACUGAGGAUCGUGAGAAGGUGGCAUAUGCUGCUCACUGUCUCGGGGGAACUGCCAGAGCUUGGUGGGAUGGAUUCAAGGUCAUGCAUGCUGGGAAAAACAUCACUUGGAAUGACUUCAAGGCAGAAUUCCGCAAGGCCCACAUUCCUUCCGGAAUCAUGGCCAUCAAGAAGCGUGAAUUCCGAGCCCUGAAGCAAGGAAGUGGCACUGUCAAGGAGUACAUGCAGAAGUUCAGUGUUCUAUCAAGGUAUGCUCCUGAAGAUGUCAGCACUGAUGCUGCCAAAAGAGAGCUCUUCAUGGAGGGCCUUAACCAGACUCUACAGUACUCGCUUGUUCUGUGUGACUGCCCAACCUUUCCUGACCUGGUGAACAAGGCACUCAUGCUUGAGGACAAGCGACGUGCUUUGGAUGAUACCCGUAAGCACAAGAUGAUCGACAAGGGUAGCUCCAGCAACCAGAAGCCUCGCCCGUGGCAACCAGCCCCGGUCUGGCCAACCUAUCAGCAGCCAAGAGCCCCUGCACCCCGCACCAACUACCAGCCUCAGCAGUAUGCCAACCCCAGGCCAGCUUCCAACAACCCCAAUAACAAUGUCGGCAAGAGCAACAACUCCAAUCAAGUCACUUGCUUUGGAUGUGGUCAGCCAGGACACUAUUCCAAGAAUUGCCCCAACAGGAAGCGAGAUGCACCGCGCCCCAAUGCGCAGAACCAAGGCCAAGGCCGUGGGAUGCCACCAAGGAACCAAGCUCCCCGCAACCCGCCCAACAAUGGCAAGGGUUGUGUGAAUCAUGUCACUGCAGAAGAAGCCCAGGAAGACCCGGACGUCGUGCUGGGUACGUUCCUUGUCAACUCAGCACCUGCAAGUAUCUUGUUUGAUUCUGGAGCCACACAUUCAUUUGUCACCCAAAAGUUUGCAUUAAAAAGUGGCAUGACCCCUACACCCCUGAAUAACCCUAUGGUGGUACAAACCCCCGGAGCAGAGAUGAGAGCCAAGAUAGGAUGUAAAGGAGUCGGGAUUGUCAUUAACGGGGUAGAUUUCCUAGCAGACCUUAUCAUCUUAAGAUCACAAGGCUUGGAUGUGAUCUUAGGAAUGGAUUGGCUCAUCAAGCACCAAGGCUUGUUAGAUUGUGCCAACCGAACUGUCACUGUGACCAAUGACCAAGGAGUCGAAGUUAAGUUUUCUCCCAACCCCUCCUCUGCUCAAGGCGCCCAAGUCAACUGUCUCUCAGAAGUUGGAUUGGAGCAAGUGCCGGUAGUAUGCGAAUACCCUGAUGUCUUUCCUGAUGAGCUACCGGGAAUGCCUCCUGACCGAGACAUUGAGUUCAUCAUCGAGCUCAUGCCCGGAGCAGGACCCAUCUAUAAGAAGCCUUAUAGAAUGGGAUCGGAAGAGUUAGCAGAGUUGAAGAAGCAACUGGAAGAGCAGUUGAGGAAGGGAUUUAUCCGCCCUAGUGCCUCCCCUUGGGGAUCACCUGUUCUGUUUGUGGCAAAGAAGGACGGUACCAUCCGCUUGUGCAUUGACUAUCGCUCCCUCAAUGAAGUUACAAUCAAGAUUAAGUAUCCACUUCCCAAGAUUGAAGAUCUGUUUGAUUAA